AUGAGCGAUUCGAAUAACUCUCUCUCCACGGACAGCUCAAGGGACUCAAAUGGGGACGGUGUCCUUACCAGUGUACAACAACAAAUCAACUCGAUAACGGCCGGGGCGUCUGCCACAAGAUUCCAGCAAAAUGUCACAGCCCUCGCGAGCGAAAAGAUCACCGACGUGAAAGAGGCUGUCGUCGAUAACAUCAUCCCAGCAGCAGGUGAGGCGCUGCAAUCUGCUCAAGAGAGCAUCUAUACCCUUGCAGGCAAGGUUACCACAGGAAACGAUUUACAAGGAGAGAAAGAAACGGACUCACCACAUCCCGAUCACCAAUUGAUCGACCAGAUGGAUAAAGAACAAAUUUGUGAUUUCUUGAGAGAUAAGCAUAGGAGUACAGCGCCACCACUAUCGAAGAAUUGA